AUGCAGCCACAUGCUCAUACAGCAGCCCACGACACAGCAGCCGCCGCAACACGACACCACGCCCACAAAAGCCAGCGACAACUGCUCGCCAUCAAGGCCUUUGGCCGCGAGCGAGUCGAGCUCAGAGGCUGCCAACCGAGCCAGGCUGCUAACCGAGCCAGGAGGCUGCCAACCGAGGGAGGCCGGAAACCGAGGAAGGCUGCCAACCGAGCCAGGUUUGAGAAAUUCGACAAGAAGCGGAAGCAAAAGGCAGGCAAAAUGAAGAGCAAUCGGAGGGCGAUCGACCAGCAAAAUCCCAAAGCGUUCGGCCGGGACAGCCGGCCGAUAGACAGCCGGUUCGGCUAG